CGGUGCAGCCUUGAAAACAGUCUGUUUUGGCAAUAACACCAUUACACUGUAACUCUGUGGUAAAGUUAAUAUUUGUAAAAUAGAGACACACUGUUCGAAACACAUAAAUGUAGCUAGCUACCAGUCACCGUUGAGAACAUUCAGCCAGGAGAGAUAAACGUUUUUCACCUUGGCUUCUGCUCUCAGUCCUGCUGACUAUCCAAAGCUCAGUCACCAGGCAGGAAUGAGGAGCUGCUCACCAAACUCCAGGAAAACAACACAGUGGAUUUAACGCUGACUAUUUCUUGGUUAAAAGCCAGAGAGCUUGUCUGUAGCCCGGGGAGGAAAAUGAGUGGCCAUAAAAUGCUGUUUUCCGGGUUGAAGUUAUGGACUUCAGGAAGAAGUACGAGGAUAAGUCGACUUCAUGAUGGUAUACAUGGGUUUGGAAAGGCAUCUUUUUCCUCAAACAGCCCAAAGGUGUGUGUUGUGGGGAGUGGUCCAGCUGGGUUCUACACGGCACAAAAUUUGAUCAAGAGCCGUCAAGAUGUUGAGGUGGACAUUUAUGAACGGCUGCCCGUCCCCUUUGGUCUGGUCAGGUUCGGGGUUGCCCCUGAUCAUCCUGAAGUCAAGAAUGUCAUCAACACAUUUACACAGACAGCCAAACAUUCACGCUGUAACUUCUAUGGUAACGUGAAUGUGGGGAAGGAUGUGAGCAUUGAAGAGCUGAAGCAAGCUUACCAUGCAGUUGUACUGAGUUACGGGGCAGAGGGCAACAGGAGUAUGGGAGUGCCAGGAGAAGACCUGGCCGGUGUGUACUCUGCCAAAGACUUUGUAGGCUGGUACAAUGGGCUGCCAAGCUGCAGAGAGCUGAAUCCAGACCUGAGUUGCGAAACAGCAGUCAUUGUGGGCCAAGGCAAUGUCGCUUUGGAUAUAGCAAGAGUCCUGUUAUCAGACAUUGACAUGUUAAAGAAGACUGACAUCACCCAGCUGGCUCUGGAAGGUCUGGCAGAGAGCAAGGUCCGCAGGGUGCUGAUGGUGGGCAGGAGAGGACCCGUACAGAUUGCUUGCACAAUCAAGGAGCUCAGGGAAAUGGUGAAACUGCCGAACACCAAACCUGAGAUGGUGGCGGCUGAUUUUGAAGGUGUCACUGAGGCUCUUAAAGAUUUGCCGAGGCCCAGGAAGCGUCUGACAGAGCUGAUGUUGAAGACAGCCCUGGACAUCCCAGGAGAGAAGGAGCAGGAGAAACGAAACAAGGCUACCCGCAUCUGGGGUCUUCGAUUCUUCCGGAGCCCUGUUGAAAUCCUGGCCGACCCUGACAACAAAAAGACAGCUGGCAUCCGACUAGCGGUCAACAAGCUGGAGGGUUCAGGCGAGAGGGCGCGGGCAGUACUCACUGGAGAAGUGGAGGAUAUGACCUGUGGCCUGGUCAUUAGCAGUAUUGGCUACAAGAGCCUCCUCAUCGAUCCAUCAGUGCCGUUUGACUCACACAAAGCCAUCGUCCCGAACAGCAUGGGUCGUAUUCAACAAGCUGCAGGUCUAUAUUGUAGUGGCUGGCUGAAAACAGGCCCCACUGGGGUGAUAGCCACCACUAUGAACAACAGUUUCGACACGGCACGAUCCUUGGUGGAGGACAUGGACUCAGGAACGUUGGACGUAACUGCUGCCAAGCCUGGUUCACAAAGCAUCAGUGCUCUGCUGGAAAAGAGAGGAGUGAAACCGGUGACUUUCUCAGACUGGGAGAAGAUUGACAGUGUGGAGAUGAAAAGAGGUGAAGCCACCGGGAAACCCAGAGAAAAACUACUGACUGUAGAGGAAAUGCUGAAGGUGGCUCGGAAAUAACUGAUGAUAAGAAACUGACGGGUAAAGACUGAGUCACUGCUGCAGUGUAAAAAAUAACAGCAGUUACCAUACUGAUGGGGACCAAUGACUGAACACAAUGGGCACAGAAAAGAACAUGGACUUUAUUCAUGUUGUACACGGAAACACAUUAAAAGCUAGUUGGUACUGUAGAACCCCUAAAGUUUUUGCCUCAUUGUCUUUCAGUUGGUGUCUAUCUUCAACAGUAUCAGUCUAAAGCACUGAAAGACUGACCUGUGGUUUCCUGUUGCACUAGCCUCAAAUAAACAGGAUGCUCUAAAGGAUGCUGUUAAUCAUGAACCCAUUGUGUGCUAUAAUAUACUGUAUGUAUGUUAAAGAGUAAAAACUAAGUGGUGGCUGAAUUAUGUUAUAUGCUAUUUGCACUCACAUUUCAUAUGAUCAAUAUGUUUUAUACAAAAUAAAGUGUGACUUAUAUCUUUCUA